AUGGCUUCUGUCAAGUCUCUUGGGCUUCACCAACCCUCAGGCUUGCACUACGCCAUUGACGAGCAGCUGUUGCCGCCAAAUCCGCCCGCCGACUCUUACAAGUGGGAUAUAGUUUCUGGAAAGAGCCACAAUACAGACACAAUCGAAGAUGAGCUGCUCAUCACCAAAGAUGCCGUUCUGUGGUGUCGUGGUGGUAUUCUCCGCAAAAUAUUCAGGUUCGACCUUGAAAAAGAAGUCGUUACGAAAGCUCUGCUUGCGUAUUUCCCUGCUUCCAAUGACGACAAAUCAGCGCCAAAUGCGCACUCUCAAGCUCCAAAACCGAGCACGGCCAACCGAAGACAACCUCGCAUGGAAGAAGCUCUGGUCGUCUUCUUGAGCACCCAAGCGCACAUAUACUUCUUGUCAGGGACAAGCCACGUCGUUCAUAUGCCAUUUGAAGUUGAGACGGCCUUUGCUGGCCCAUCUGGGGUUUUAAUUCAAAGAAAGCAAAAAACCGAAAAUCUCAAUUCAUCCACUCUGAGGUUCCCACGUGUAAUCCCACACUCGUUCCUAUCGUCUCAAUUGACAGAGGUCAACAACUCGCAAGCGCAUGACUUUUCGGUACAGAGCCUGGGAAAUCCCAAAGCUUUGAACCUGGGCCUAAGUAAUACUCUGGAGAGCAUGUUUGAUGGGCCCAUGGGCCGAAGCGAGUCUCACUGGCCACGACUAGUCUCGCUUUCGGACCCAUUGCUGGAUAUCGGCCUUGUUAUCACAGAUCAUGACUCACAAACUGCUAAAGGACCUACCACUGGUGCCCGAAAUGAGGCUUUCCUCGAUCCGGCUGAAGAGCUCCUCUGCAUCGAACAGGUGGAGUUGAGUGGGAGAGCCUUCCAACAAGUUGAUGAAAACUUUACCAUUGCCGUUACACUCAACAGAGCAACAAAUUGCUACAACGUCUGGAGGCUGAAAUACCUCGAGAAUCAAGACCCUUUCAUCAGACAGCGCAAAUCAAAGCCCACAACUACAAACCUUGCAGCUCGCCGCCGAAGCUCCAUGGCACCUUCAUUCGCAGAACCCAAUACACCAGCGAGACCCAACACGAGAGACAGCUUUGGCGCCCCGCUGCCAGGGAAACGACGACGCAAAAGCGAAAAGGUUGACAAGCCAGUGGAUCUUGUAUCAUCACUCGAGAAACAGGAUAAAGAUGGCUCGGCCAUUACGAGGCGAAGUUCACGACGACUGAGCUCCAUGCUUGCACGUGCGGACUUGUCAGCAUCCCAAGAACGAUCCGUUUUCUCGGAGCAGCCGCCAGGUGUUGGUGGCAAACCUGCAAGAAAGCAGGAGUCUCGCGCAGCUCUGCACAACCGUUCCAGCUCCAGCUUUAGCCACCAAAUUCGUCCAAGCUUAAGUAGUCUUUUGGAGGCGCCGCUCGAUAUGGGACUCAAUGAAGGGUUUUUGAACAUGGGGUUGGAUGAUCAUGAGCUUGACGGUCUUCAACAUGAUGUGCGGUUUACCAAAAUCUUUGACAUCCCGUCGGCAAAAUCUAAUGUGCAAUACACAGUGCCAGCAGGUGAUGCCCCGGAGCAUACCAAAGUCUUCGUACUGGCGGCUCCUGUAUAUGCUCAUGAUGGCCACCACCGAAACCAACUUCUCAUUGGUAUUCAAGACGUGGACGAAAAGCGCCUGGAUAUCAUUACCAUACAGAUUAUUCUGCAUCCAAACGCCAGACUAAACCCAAAGGCCUCCUUUUCUGGUUCCACCCCUAGCAGCUUGUCGAUUGCUACUGGCGAAAUUCGAAGAGCUCAAAAUGUUGUUGACUCUUGUAAAUUAGUUGAUGGUGACCAGUCUGUCAUUUUGAUCCUAUCGGAGUCUAUGAACGGCCAGCUCGAACUUUCGACACAGGCUCCUUGGAGUGAUCGCACCAGCAUUUCGCCAGGUCUCGUCUUUGUUGAUGAUACCAGACACCUGCAGUACCGCGGUCGUGUUGUGGACCGGGACGUCAAGCAGCGCAAAUCCGAGAUAUUUGACCUCACAAAUGGUAGCAUCGUUGGGUUGCGCUAUCCUAGGCAACACGGUGUAGUUGAUACGGUGGAUGCCAGCGGGCGGCUUCAUCAACUGAAGAUACAACUCGAACCGACCUGCCCACAGGUGUGUCAGGUUCUCAGCGUCUGCCGGAAUAUCCUACAAGAUGCUCUCGGAGAGCGACUUCACGGCGGCUGGCUGCAUAUUGUACAGUGGUUGAGAGAUCAAGACGACUCCUUCCCCGAUAUUGAAUGGUCUGCUGCUACUGUCUUACUUUUCUCGCUCGUGUUGAAUCUCGGCCGGGUUGAAGGCAAGUCCAUCAAGACCACUCGAUUGCCAGUCAGGAAACGCCGUCCUGCGUCUGGUUCAUUUGGAUCUAUUCGAGAAUCUGAUGACUGGAAAGCCCUCGAGACUGGGGAAACAGCAAGCUCACUCGGAUGCCCCGUGUGGAUGAUGAAUCGAGGCUGGCAAUGGGCACUUGACUCUAGCUCAGAGAGCUGGAGCGUCAACACUGACCAAUUAUCCACUCCCAGAUUUACAGCUAAGCAUAUUGCACUCGCACGAGAGUACAUGGCAUCACCUUUGGGGAAGAGUGCUUUCGGGCAGUCUGGAUAUAUGCCUACUUCGCUUCACCACGGAGAACAGAGCCGAAGGAAGGCCGUAGCUGGCGUUUUCAUGGCAUUGCAUCUCCUGCUGGAGGAAAAGCGACUGAACAUUAUGUCCGCAGAGUAUGUUUCUCCCGGGCGAGCAGACCUGCGUGUUGUAUUGUCUCAAAUUGCUCGCUGGCUGAGAUGGUUCGGUUUCUCGGCGAUUUACGAAUUGGGCAUUCAAGAAGUGGUGGAUGAAAGGUUUGAUUCCGAGUUAAACUUGACGCCUCCGAUCCCCGAGCCCACUCUCAAACCCAAUAUUCUUGAAUGGGUUCAAAGCAGGCUCGUAACACAGCAAGGAACUUAUCCUAGCCCUGCUGAAUUUUAUUCCCACAAUGCGGAUAUGUCUGGGCAGGACAGUGAUGAUGACGGCAGAUGGGAGGCAAUUCUACCUCGCACAAUGAUGUUGAAAAGGUUUUUCGGCGCACUCGAGAUCAAUUCAUCGCCUGCAGAGAUGGUUGAAACCAUGCAAGCUCAAGGCUUCACCAACUCGAUCCUUGAGAGUCUUCCUGAAGCCAUCUUGGUGCCGUUGCAGGACGCCAUUUCACUGUGCCAGCCUCAUCCACCCACGGGCUGGCCUGAUGACCUACUGAAGCUGAUCAAAAGGAGCGAUAUGAGUAGCCUGUUAUCUUCUAAGAAGGCUACUGCGCGGACUCCUUCGAGCCUUUUGGUCCCGACCCAUACUGCGUCAUGGGAUUACAGACUUUUGUCCCACAGUGUUGAAGACGAUGAACCACCCGGUUACGAGGAGGGCAAUGGAAUCGAGAGGCAGGCAGUCAUCCGGGCAUUGUUCAAAGAAGACAGACGCCUGAACGAAGCCCAGAACCUGCUUUCAACACACAAGUCUCGACACGUUCGACUAAACCCGAACCCAAAUUGGCCAGAGAGCGAGUACCUGGAGAAGCAGAAGGAGCUUGUCUCCAGGAUCGCAACUGGUACGCUUGCUAUUCCAGCAGGACGGGGGUUGCUGUAUUACAGUCUACGCUUCCCGCUGAUAACGCAAAAGCUUCAUAUUGGAGGGUUCAAUCUCAAUUGUAUUGUUAGGCCAGCCAAUGUCACGGUUGGCGUAGACAAGUCGCUUUUCACAGAGGAAAAGGUUUGCUGGGGCUUCUUUCACCAAGGAGUUGCUGCUGGCUUAGCAAUUUCUCCCAGCGCCAAGGGUAUCGAUACAUCUUGGAUUCUCUACAACAAGCCCGGACAAGAAUUAAGUAACCGGCAUGCUGGGUUCUUGCUCGCCCUCGGCCUCAACGGUCACCUCAAGGGAGUUGCAAAGUGGGUGGCCUUCAAAUAUCUGACACCCAAGCAUACCAUGACUUCUAUUGGAUUGCUUCUGGGUCUUGCCGCAUCAUACAUUGGCACAAUGGACUCGCUGAUUACUCGGCUGUUGUCGGUACACGCUACGCGCAUGCUACCGCGCGGCGCUGCUGAGCUCAAUCUGUCUCCUCUCACCCAAACAACAGGUAUCAUGGGCAUUGGACUAGUAUACUGCAACAGCCAACAUCGGCGUAUGAGCGAGAUUAUGCUUUCAGAGAUUGAGCAUACAGAGGACGAGGAAGAGGACGAGCCGCUCCGAAACGAAUGCUAUCGCCUAGCGGCAGGCUAUGCUCUGGGGUUCAUCAAUCUCGGAAAGGGUAACGACCUGAAAGGGCUGCAUGACAUGAAACUCACCGAAAAGCUCAUUACGCAUGCUACCUCGACAAAGAUUGUUGAGAUAGUCCAUGUACUUGACCGUGCAGCUGCGGGGGCUGUCAUUGCCCUGACUCUUAUCUUUAUGAAGACGGAAGAUCAGAUUGUGGCUCGCAAGAUUGAUGUGCCAAGCUCUGUUCUCCAAUUUGACUAUGUCCGGCCCGACAUACUGCUCUUGCGAACCGUCGCCAAGAAUUUGAUUCUCUGGUCCAAGAUUGAGCCAACAUUUGCGUGGAUCCAGCGCAGUCUACCAGUGCCGUAUCGAGCCAGGCACAGGCUACGCGGUACCACAAAGCUCCGAUCGACAGACUUGCCAUUCUUCAGCAUCACUGCAGGAAUCUGCUUCUCCAUUGCUCUACGGUAUUCUGGCAGUGCUUCCACCCGAGUCCGAGAUCUUUUGUUGCAUUAUCUCGACGAGUUUAUGCGCAUCUCGUCGAUUUCUGGCACACCUAAAGAACAUCCGGAUGCUGCGCCGCUCUACGACGAGGAACUUGCUAGAGCCAAUGCACGCAUGUGCCAAGACGUAUUGGCUGUGUCGUGCGCCAUCGUCAUGGCGGGAACGGGCGACAUCCCUGUGCUACGCAGGCUCCGUGCCCUUCACGGCCGAACUGACCCAGACACGCCGUAUGGAUCCUACCUCGCGGCGCAUCUUGCCAUAGGUGCCCUGUUCUUGGGAUGCGGCACUGUGACCUUUGGUGCAAGCAACAUGGCUAUCGCUUCGCUCCUGGUCGCCUUUUAUCCCAUAUUCCCUACCACCGUCAUGGAUAAUAGAUCUCAUCUGCAAGCCUUUCGCCACUUUUGGGUCUUGGCUACCGAACAGCGCUGCCUGGUGACCAAAGAUAUAUUGACUGGCCAGCCAGUGUCGGUCCCAGUACAAAUCAAAAUGCGCCAGGAUGUUUCCACCGAGGCGGUUCUGCACCGCUACACGCCAUGCUUGCUGCCACCGCUGGACCAGAUCUCCAGCCUGUCCACAAAUUGCGGGCCGGAAUUCUGGGAUAUCGAGCUCGACUUUUCCGACGAAAAGCUGCGCGAGGCCUUUGUCAAGACGCAGAACCUGCACCUCCGCCGGCGACCCCCGCGUGAGGGCACGUUCCCCUCGACCCUCCGUGCUCUGGGCAAAGAUGGCGACGGCAAGAACCCCCUCGAGUGGCUCUUCAGCCUCGAGGGCCUCAAGGGCAUCAGCUACGCUGAAAAGGCGGCCCUGCUCGAGAGCGGCGAGGAGGAGUCGGAGACUGGUGCCGCUGUCGAUGCGCGUAUGGAGCUCGAAAAGGGCAUCCGCGAAGGCGGUGACCUGGAGCGCCUCGAGGGCGCCAGACUGCUGUUUGAAUGGGGCACCGCGCGCGACAGGCUCCGGCAAAGCAGUAACAGCACAGCGGACCCGAGCGCGUCGCACGACAGCCAAGAGACGAUUACGAUGCGGACAAGGCAGCGCCGUGGCGAGGCUGACGAGGGUGAGAACGAGCAAGAGGAAGACGAAAACGCUGCGGUGUGGUGGAUGCGAGAUGGCGACAUUGAAGCGCUCAAGGGCAAAGUCUGGCUCGCGGCCAGAGAAGCCGAGUAG